UCAAAGGAAAAGAGCCACAAAACAUUACGCUGAAAAGUUCUAUUACUCGGGCAACCUUUAUCACAAACAUUCUAGAAGCCCCGCCCCUUUCGUGAUCUUGUAUUUGCCGCUGCCGUUAAGGCAACACUCCAUUAGCAACCAUGUCCCAAAAGCGGGGGCAAGCAUGGCAGACACUUCCUCCGCCUUUCCCUUCGGUUGGGAGGUGGACUCCGGCGCGCUGGUACCUCCCAAAGGCCGCCGACAAGACUGGAGACUGACUAGCAGUGGAGUGGGGCUCAAUUAUAGCCCAUCAUUGCCUUUCCCGCCGCCCUAUGCGCGAUCCACGAUCCAGGAACCGUUGCCACCUGCCUCCCAGAAAGUAUGGCAAGAUGAAGUCAUUCCCCGGCUGGCUACCACUGCACAACUUGCCCACUGCAUGAAAACUCAUAGGGAACUGCUAGCUCAACCCCGCUACUCUGUCUCUGCCUCAUAUCAAGACGUCCGCUACAAUAAAGAUUUGAGAGAGAAGCUGAAGCUUAGAGCCUGGAGGUUUCCCCUAACUAUGGGCAACCAGAAGAGUGAGAUCCAAGCAAAUUUUCAUGGUUGGCCCAAUCUGCCGCACGACCCCACCUUUCAUGCUGGGCCUCAGCCAUUCAGACUGGCAGCUCAUCACACAGAUGGAGCAUCCAAGUUGGUGGUAGCCACUACACAGAACAAUGUCCUCGCUGGAAGACCCUUCUACAUCUGUGACAAGGCAGUGCUGAAGCUUAACGAACCCUACUUAUCAACCACUGCCCAGGACUUCCGGAUCUUCACACAGUUAAUGGAACAUCUGUGGUAUCUUUUCCCCACUCUUUCAGAGCCAUAUAGGAAAGAACUUCAAGGGUAUACUCAGAAGGAAGUUCUCAAUUUGGAUCCUUACCCUCUGAUUCAUGAACCUGGGACUAUGCGAGAUCUCCAGAUGUUUCCAAAGGCUACCCGGGUACCUCACCUGAUCCUGAACCCAGCUGUACCUCACCGUGGUUUAUUCAGCCUGGCCCAAGAAACCUACCAACUUCCCAAUGACCACAAGCGAACCUGGAAUCGCUUUUGCCCUGUGCAGCAGCCACCCACAGUUUCCUGCCGGGUGCCUGUGGUGGAAAUCAUGUGUGUGCCACACAUGUAUGAGACGGAGUAUAAAUGCUAUGGAAGUGGCAAACCUAUGCCAGUGUGAAAUGGACAGAGAUUUCUACUCACUCACUAGUCCCUUUUUCUACUUCAUCCAAAAAGAAGAAAAAAAAUAUUUCAUCAUGUUUAUCUUUUGAUCAUUUUGUUGAAAUAACUAAAACAAAAACAAAAGCCCUAGAUGCAUUCAACAAACAAAACAUUUUGACUUAUACUUUGCUAUACUGUCUUAGCAUUUUAGCUUCAUAAAGCUGUGAACAAACUAGGUAUAAAAGUUGCAUGCAUGUGUACUCACCUAAAGAAUAUUAGGCCCGCAGCAGUAAGCAAACCAAUACAGGAUUAAUGUGCAAGAAUUGAUUCUUGCAUUACUGUAUAUAAAGAAAAUAGAAGCAUCUCCAGAGGGGACUUCUGGAGUGAAAUAAAUCUGCCCUUCUUGUCUUCUUAUAGUUUAAUCUCACCACAUACAUAACAAUACUAGACUACAAUACAUGUAGUCCUCAAUUUAAGACCAUUUGUUUAGCAACAAUUUGAAGUUACAACAGACUUUCAUGGGGAUACUUACAAUCUGGUUCCAAAGUUCAAAUGGUUACGCCAUUGACUGCAUUUUGGGUGUUCAGAAAGUGGUCCACAUCUAUAGCUGUUUGCAGUGUCCUGCAGCCAUCUGAACAUGUUUUGUGAUGUUUUUUGAAAACUGGCAUUUCUAGUUUUGGGCAAAAAACAUCAACUGUUUGCUUAAUGACCACAACAUCUGCUUAACAUCUGCAGCAAAAAAGGUCAUAAAAUUGGAUCUGUUAUGUGGGUGACCCAUUUUAUGAUUAUCACAACUUACAGUGAUAAUGGGCAAACUCUAUUAUGGUCAUAAGUUGAGGACUAUCGUACAAUGACACUGAAUUCCAAAACAAAAAGUCAUAAGGGAAUAGCAAAUAAGAACCAGCACUUGCUAGGCCUAGCUAAUUCUUCAGGAUUGAUAGCUAUAGUCAUUUGCUUCAGUUACCCACAAAACAAGCUCUCACUAUAUUGACUCUUUGCUAUGUGGUUCACUGAUGCCUCGAGCAUGGAUAGGUCCUCACAGCAGCCAGAUGUUGUUACAUCAGACCCCAUUUUGUGUAGCCUGAAUCAUGAAAUGUAUUGCUAUACUAGAGUUUGCUAAUUUUGGCUUAGUCUAUUAUGUAAAAUCUCCCAGUGUGUGGUUUAUUUAAAUAAUGUUUAAGCAAUAAAUUAGUGCAAUUGUUUGAACCCAACCUGAAUGUGAAAGAUAAGACAUAUAAUUUUCACAUUUAUAUUCCAAUUUUCUUGGUUUAUAUGAGAUUUUCCUAUUUUCUCUUCAAUAUCACCUGGGAAGUCAGUUAGCUAGAGAGACAGUGACUUGGCUUGCCUGAGUAACAGUGGCAUAUCUCAAGAAAGAGGCAUGGGAUUGUACUGUUCUAAGCAGCUCUAUAUUUGGAUACAACACCCAAAACAGAUGCUACCAGUACAUAGGAUUCUCAGCAAGAGUGAGAAACCAAUAGCUCUUAAGAUGAUAUUUAUCUUCAGCCCCAUUGUCAAUGAUUAGGAAUGAUGGUACCCAAUAAAUAACAUCUGGAAGGCCACAUAGUCUGAUUACAAUUUUGGAUUGACAAUGAGCAGUUGCAGAUUCAGUUCCAUAGCUAAACUGAUAGUCACAAGGCAUCUAUCUUCCUCUAAAAGUACACUUUAUAGCAGUGGUUCUCAACCUUUUUAAUGCCGUGACCCCCAACCGGUCGUAAGUCGAGGACUAAACCUGUCGUAAGUCGAGGACUAAACUGGUCAUAAGUCGAGGACUACCCAACUGGUCGUAA